AUGAUGGCCUUUGCGCCCUGCGUCGUUGUCGCGGGCAUCGUCCUGCUCACAACUGCCGCCGCGAUGGGGACAUCAGCCGAGUAGGUGUUGUUGCGCACUUUUUUCAAAAUUUAUUUGUUUCCCCUGACUUCCUCCUUAGCAUCUUCCCUUCUCAUUGCCCCCGAUUUAACCCGCGCCGGUUUCGGUCCUUGUUCCUUCUGUGUUAAAGUUUUAAGGUUACAAAUGAUUGAUCGUCGUUUUAAACAAUGCUCAUUAAAUGGCGGCUGCCUUAGACGCAACCAACUUUGUUUAACCGUUCUCGAGAAAGAGAUGCGGCAGCCGCAGGAAUGAGGCAUUGCCGCGGCGAAAGCCGUACAAGUUUCGAAGUAUCCAUACUAUUUGGUUCUGCUGCUUAAGUAAGGCGCGCGAUUUCCUCGUUGAGCGGCUUUCAGUAGCCAUCUUUACGCUCUGCCAGCCACCCGUGCCCUCUUCCAAUCUCAGUCCUCUUUAUUUUGCCUUGACACCAAGCCCAGGUGGGGAGGGGGAGUGUGGUAGAUGCUGUGCAAGUCUGUCGUCUCUAGCAACCAGUUCACGAGGAUGGCGAAGGUGCAAGUGUCACGAAGGGCCGAAUUUGGUUUUUCGUUUUAUUAGUCUGCCAUUGGCACGAAAGAGAAUGGAGCAGGAGCACUGCCGAUCCCAGUCUUACGCCGUUUUCACGAAUUACCUAUGUAAUUUGACACAGUGCACCCCGAAUAUUAUGUUCUUUUAAAGCAUCGAAACCUGCGUAUCUGAGAGUACCGGUGCCGAAGGUGAAAGACGGAUCAAUAUGGUCAGCUUGUGUUCGUUUGGAUAGUUGUUUGGCUACAUGAUCGCCGCUGUGGAGUUAAGAGGGGUGAAAUCUCACUUCUUUACACUGGUCCUCGUGCGCGUCGAAUCCGAUCGGAAUGCUCUAGAUUGUUGGCAUUUUCGAUGCCGAAAGAGCCUAGCGAUGAACUGUGACAAUAACUGCUCCUGAAACACGCCGCUCAUGCAAACCCAGGAUAGUGGGAGUGGGGGGGGGGAGGUGGAGGUGGUAACCGUUAUGACGGAAAACUUCACAGGAGCGCUAUACUCCGAUUUGUUCUUUGCGUCAGAUGUGGUUAUGUAGCCGCACAUGAGGCAAACAGACCCCAACCGUCUGUUAUACGGGAUCGGUGGUGAUAGAUGUUUUUACAGGUGGGGCCGGCGAACGCGCCGGUGACGAGGUCAAGAAAGUGUAUGCAAAAGAAUAAUUAUUGGGAAUGCGCGGUUGUACUUUGAGUGGUUGAGGGUAGUUGUCCAGCCCCCUAACCCUAAUCCUUAACAGCAGCCGUGAACCCUAACCCUGAAAUGUCCAACGGAAACGAUAGAAGGAGACGACAGGUCGAAAGUCAAGAAGGACCACCGGCACUGGGCCAAAAAAGGCAGACACGGCAACAAAGAAACAAGGCCGCCAACAGAACACACACCGCAGCGCACAGUAACACCAUGCCAACGUAAUCACACCCAAUCAAAAUAAUUAAGUAGGUUGACAGCACUGUGUCCAUCAGGUGCGGUUACAUAACCACACCUUACCGUGUUUGGCCGUGGAUCCUCAAGUUUAUAAAUAUGCUUCGGCACCAUCGAUCGAUGACACAUAUAUUAGCAGUUCACGCUCAGACUCAGAACCUAUUGACUAUUACUCGUAUGUUUUUUGCUCGAUAUUUUCGUAUCAUUCUCCUUUUUUACCAUCAUUUGUAGGAUGUCUUAUGCCGCAGGAUCAACAGCCGUGGUCAGUGGUCUCACAAUAAUGCCGGUUCUCGUCCUCAUGCGGCACAAGGCGAAGCGUGUAAAAGAGCAAACGCUUGCCCUGGAGGGCUGGAUCUACAAGCACAUCAGACACUAAUCUAGCACGCCGGUGAGUACAUUCCCCCCACCCAGUGACCCGAAUUCAUUGCAACAGCAAACCGACCUUGCUUCCAGCUUUAGUUUCCUGCAAGUAAAUCUUAAGGCCUUACAUACACCACCUACUCAUCCCUUAGUGACCUGAAUUUUGUUGCAGAAGCAAGCUCGUCUAGCGGUGUGACAAAAGUAGCUUCCAACCUUAGUUUCCUGCAAUUUUUGAGAAAAUAAACCACUGAGCUGAACCCUGUCUACCUGCAUUUUUUAUCGAAUUCAGGAACCGUCACCCAAGGACCAAUGACUAUUGGCAUCAAACCACCCGACAUUCACCAUUGUACAUAA